AUGAAGAUUUCUUCAGCGCUUUUUGUUCUUCUAGAGAACGCUUCUGGCCAAACUGUUGGAAGGACACAUUAUGGUACAGCCUACGGUGACAUGGUCUUUUCCGGCUGUCAGUAUGAACGGAUGAAAAAUGAUCCCCGACUUCAAGCUGGUGUCCACUUCAACUACGACGGAUCCAGCUGCUCCUCCCCAAUCCCGCGACAUUUUCCGACUUGGCGCGGUUACCAAGACGACUCCGAUGGCAAGUUCAUCGUCCCCUUCUUCUUUGACUCCGAGUACAAAAACGCCGACGAGAUAAACGACCUCCUGAACGUCAAGUUCGUCGAAAUUUUUCAAGACGAAGUUGACUUGUACCCAGACCACAUCGAAAUCGUCAGCGAGGAGAAUGAUGACUUCCUGAGCGCUUGUGCUUCUUACAUCGGCAAAAUCGGCGGAAAGCAAAAAUGGUUCAUGCGACCGGAUUGCGCUUUCCACGACGAUUCCCAAGUGAACCACUUUGCCGUGUACAUCCUUGGAUUCGGACCUACAUUUACGAGGAACAGCCGCCAUGGCCAAGGCAAUGGCUACCACAGUCUUUUCAAUUAA